UCCUCUUCCAGGCCGACCCUCCGCCCGUGUCCAUGCCCCUGCGCCUCUGGCCGCUGUCCGCGUCCGGUGCCCUGAGCGCUCGCCCCGCUGCCCGGGCCCGCGGGAGGCCGAGCCAUGAGUGACCGCCACAGCCGGAGGCGCACAAUCAAGAAGGACGAGGUGGCCUUUGACAUCUCCGUCCCCUUCGAGGAGGCACCCCCUCUAGACUCGCAGCUCUUCUACGGCCUGAGCCCCUCGCGGGGCCCCUCGGAGGAGCCUCCCGAGGCGGCGUCGCCCACCCUCGCCCUGAUGAACGGCAUCAAGGCGCAGCUGCACUUGGCCCUGGAGCGCAACUCGUGGCUGCAGAAGCGCAUCGAGGACCUGGAGGAGGAGCGGGACUUCCUGCGCUGUCAGCUGGACAAGUUCAUCUCAUCCGCGCGCGUGGACGCAGAGGACCACGGGCGCGCCAAGCCGGGGCCCCGGCGGCUGGAGGGGGACGGCCGGGCAGCGGCCGGCGGCGAGGCCUCCUCGGACCCGGAGUCGGCGGCCUCGUCCGAGGAGGGCGGCGCGGGCGAGAGGCGGCGGCCGCGGCACAAGGCGGGCGCUGGCCGGGGGCGCCUCGGGAAGCCCAGGGCGCGCGAGCGGCAGCGGGUCAAGGACGCCGACGGGGUGCUGUGCCGCUACAAGAAGAUCCUGGGCACGUUCCAGAAGCUCAAGAGCAUGUCGCGGGCCUUCGAGCACCACCGCGUGGACCGCAACACGGUGGCGCUGACCACGCCGAUCGCCGAGCUGCUGCUCGUGGCCCCGGAGAAGCUGGCCGAGGUGGGCGAGUUCGACCCGUCCAAGGAGCGCCUGCUCGAGUACUCGCGCCGCUGCUUCCUGGCGCUGGACGACGAGACGCUGCAGAAGGUGCAGGCGCUCAAGAAGAGCAAGCUGUUGCUGCCCAUCACCUACCGCUUCAAGCGCUAG